GAGAGAGAAGUUGACUCAGUACAGUCCUGCCUAAAAGUUAUGUUGCCAAUGUUUCCGAUUUGUUCAUUUGCUCGGAAUAUAUAAUAUUGGACAUCAAUACAGAUAUAAGUUGUCAUGAAUAGCACGUGGUUAACAUAACGGGAUCGGAUAUUUAUCAUAAGAUGUCAGUCCGCAUAGUGGCGUCAAGUCUUUCUACUCUCACCCUCAACAGUUCUACCAGUAAGCUCGUGAGAGUUGUUUCACAAAUUGAAAGAUCUGACCUAAAAUAUUUCUCAAAAAUGGCUAAACAAUCUGUAUACAUUACUAGGACUGUUAACAAAGAAGCGAUGGACCUUCUCAAUGAAAAGUAUGAGGUGACGUCGUGGACAGGACCGGGCCCGGUAGCAAGAGAUGAGCUAUUGAAAAACAUCGAAAAUAAAAACGCACUCUUCUGCAUGUUAUCAGAUCGAAUAGACUCAGCAGUAUUAGACAAAGCUGGGAAAAAUUUGAAAGUUAUCGCAACGAUGUCUGUAGGCUACGAUCACUUGGACGUUAAGGAAAUAAAGAAACGAAACAUAAGAAUUGGAUACACUCCUGAUGUUUUAACUGAAGCGACAGCUGAAUUAGCUGUGGCUCUACUUCUGGCAACCAGCCGAAGGCUACUAGAAGCAAACGAGAAAGCCAGAAUUGGAGAAUGGAGCGCUUGGGCGCCAUUUUGGAUGUGCGGCCCCGGUAUUAAAGGUUCUACUGUGGGAAUAGUAGGAUUCGGAAGAAUAGGUCAGGAGAUCGCAAGAAAACUAAAAGCGUUCAAUCCCAGGAGAAUAGUUUAUUGUAACAGAUCCGAGAAGCUGAGCGAAUCAAAGCAAAUUGGCGCUGAAAGAGUAUCUUUCGAUGAAUUACUAGCGGAAAGCGACUUUAUAAGCCUCAGUGCAGCCUCAACACCAGAAACUAAACAUAUGUUCAAUGAAGCGGCUUUCUCAAAAAUGAAACCUACCGCAGUUUUUGUUAAUACCAGCAGAGGCGACUUAGUAGAUCAAGAAGCACUGAUUAGAGCACUUGAGAAUAAAACUAUAAGGGCUGCUGGAUUGGAUGUAAUGACGCCUGAGCCGUUACCGUUGGACCACCCUCUCUUCAAGCUGAAGAAUUGCGUCAUAUUGCCACAUAUUGGAAGCGCAACAAUUGAAACUAGGAAUGAAAUGGGAAUUCUCACUGCUCGCAAUAUUGUAGCAGCUUUAGAGGGAGAAAAAAUGCCCUCUGAAUUAGUUAUCACAUAAUAAAAAAAACAAAAGUUUUGUGAAAUAUAUUUUGGCAAAAGUUCAAAGUUGAAUGCUUAUUUAAAAAAUGAGCGUAUGAGGCGGACAAUAAGAUGGGUUUAGGGCAGUGGCACUAUCCCGAAAUUUUAUGUAAUAUACUCUAUAGACAAAUGAAUUAUACAAUUUGAAAUACA